AUGUUGGCUGCUAGAAUGCGUUUGAGAGCCUCGCGGCCCGUCGGAAUGCUCCGGACGUUGGCUACACUGAAUGAUAUCAGUUCGUCUUUCAAUAUUCCCCAGGAUUAUAUCUCGAGAACUCCACCAUAUGCCAAAUUGAUUCAGAACUUGCAGACGGUCAAGAAGCUUGUAAAUGAAUCUCCUUUGACCUUGGCCGAGAAGAUCUUGUAUUCACAUUUGGUAGACCCAGAGGAGUCCUUGGCUAGUGCCAACGGUGACUUGUCCAACAUUAGGGGCCUCGAGUACUUGAAGUUGCAUCCAGAUAGAGUGGCCAUGCAAGAUGCUUCUGCUCAGACUGCUUUGUUGCAAUUCAUGACCACUGGAAUGUCCAGCACUGUUGUUCCAGCAUCUAUCCACUGUGAUCACUUGAUUGUGGGUAAGGACGGUGCUGAUACCGAUUUGCCAAGCUCUAUCAUCACCAAUAAGGAAGUGUUUGACUUUUUGCAAAGUUGUGGUGAGAAGUAUGGAAUCCAGUUCUGGGGCCCAGGUUCUGGUAUUAUUCAUCAGAUUGUUUUGGAGAACUUCUCUGUUCCGGGUUUGAUGAUGCUUGGUACCGACUCUCACACUCCCAAUGCAGGUGGUCUUGGUGCCAUUGCCAUCGGAGUUGGAGGUGCUGAUGCCGUGGACGGUUUGACAGGUACUCCAUGGGAGUUGAAGGCUCCAAAGAUUAUGGGUGUUAAGUUGACAGGCCAAUUGAGUGGCUGGUCUUCGCCAAAGGAUGUCAUCACCCAUUUGGCUGGUAUUUUGACCGUCCGUGGUGGUACUGGCUACAUCGUGGAGUACUUCGGUGAUGGUGUUGAGACCUUGUCUUGUACCGGUAUGGCCACCAUCUGUAACAUGGGUGCCGAAAUUGGUGCUACCACUUCCACUUUCCCAUACCAAGAAGCCCACCGCCGUUACUUGGUGCAAACCAACAGAGCUCCUAUUGCUGAUGCUGCUGAUAUUGCAUUGAAGAAGUUCGACUUCUUAAAGGCUGAUGAGGGGGCUGAGUAUGAUAAGGUUAUUGAAAUUGACUUGUCAACGUUAGAACCUCAUGUUAACGGUCCGUUCACUCCAGAUUUGUCUACUCCUAUUUCCGCCUUUGGUUCUACCGCCAAGUCUGAGAGCUGGCCAUCCACUGUUAGUGCUGGUUUGAUUGGUUCUUGCACAAACUCUUCCUACCAAGACAUGUCUCGUGCUGCAUCUAUCAUCAGACAGGCUGAGGAGGCUGGAUUGAAGCCAAAGAUUCCUUUCUUUGUCACUCCAGGUUCUGAGCAGAUCCGUGCCACCAUCGAGAGAGACGGUUUGAUUGAUGUUUUUGAGAGAAAUGGUGCUAUUGUGUUGGCCAAUGCUUGUGGUCCAUGCAUUGGUCAAUGGGACAGAUCUGACGUGCCAAAGACCUCUACUGAUGCCAACGCCAUCUUCACCUCUUUUAACAGAAACUUCAGAGCCAGAAACGAUGGUAAUAGAAACACUAUGAACUUCUUAACUUCUCCUGACAUUGUGACUGCCAUGAUCUAUUCCGGUGACAUGAACUACAACCCAGUGACAGACUCCAUCAGCAAGGAGAACGGAGAGCAGUUUAAGUUUGAUGCUCCUCGUGGUGAAGAAUUACCCGGUGAUGGAUUCAUCAAGGGCCGUUCUGAGUUCUAUCCUGAGGCUAACCCACAGCCUAAGCCAGAGGUGACUAUUAACGUGUCACCAGAUUCCGACAGAUUGCAGAUCUUGGAGCCUUUUGCACCAUGGUCUGGUGAAGAAUUGUCCACCACCGUUUUGUUGAAGGUUGAAGGUAAAUGUACCACUGAUCACAUUUCUGCUGCUGGUUCCUGGUUGAAGUAUAAGGGUCAUCUUGAAAACAUCUCUUACAACACCUUGAUUGGUGCCGUAAACAAGGAGACUGGUGAGGUCAACAAGGCUUAUGACUUGAACGGUGAUGGUUACACCAUUCCAGAAUUGAUGUUUAAGUGGAAGAGUGAUGGUCGUCCAUGGAUAGUUGUUGCUGAGCACAACUACGGUGAGGGAUCUGCCAGAGAACAUGCUGCCAUGUCGCCAAGAUUCACGGGCGGAUCUAUCAUUUUGGUCAAAUCCUUUGCCAGAAUUCACGAGACUAACUUGAAGAAGCAGGGUAUGUUGCCAUUGACUUUCGCUGACGAGGCUGACUACGACAAAAUCUCUGCUGGAGACCAAAUGACUACUCUCGAUUUGAGAGAUUUGGUUGCCAAGGACGGAAAUAAUGGAGGUUUCUUGAAGAUGAAGGUCACCAAGAGAGACGGAAGUGAGUUCGAGAUUUUAUGUAAGCACACCAUGUCUAAGGACCAAAUUGACUUCUUCAAGGCCGGAUCUGCCAUCAACUACAUUGGUAACUUGAAGAAGCAACAGGAAGCAACAGCUGCAGGAACUGCUUAG